UCAGGUUCGGCCGCUGAUGAGCGACGCGUCACAGCGAGGACGCUGUGUUUUCAUUUGAAUUGGACAUGGCUGAAGCCGUUAGUGUAGAUGAGCCUGCGCUCUUCACUCCAGUUACGGGCAUCUCUCUGCUCGCCUGUGCAGCGCAGUUCGCCGUCGGCUACAUAUUUGCACAGAUUUGGGGGAGAAAGUGUUCUUCCACAGACAGGUGGGUCCUCGUCUGGUUGUUUUACGACGCCAUCGUCCACAUCACCCUGGAAGGCCCGUUCGUGUAUAUGUCACUUGUUGGAACCGUCGCAGCCUCAGACAGCGUGCUUGCAGAGCUCUGGAAAGAAUACGGUAAGGCAGACCAGCGCUGGCUACACUCAGACCCAACCAUAGUAUCUCUGGAACUGCUCACAGUUGUCUUGGAUGGGUUUCUAGCACUGUUUUUGGUCUAUGCUGUUGUUAAAGACAAGCACUACAGGCACUUCGUCCAAAUCACCCUGUGUGUGUGUGAGCUGUAUGGAGGCUGGAUGACCUUCUGUCCAGACUGGCUGAUAGGAAGUCCUAACCUGAACACCAGUAACUGGCUGUACCUCUGGGUCUACUUGGUCUUCUUUAAUGGUGUUUGGGUGGUGGUGCCUGGAUUGCUGCUCUAUCAGUCGUGGAAUGAUCUACAGAGGUCUCACCACAGUCUGAAGAAACAGAAGUAGAUCCAGAGAAGACCUUGGUGGAGUAAUUUUGCACAGUGAAAGGAAUAUUCCAGUACCCUAAUGUCUUAACAUAGACAAUCAUUUUACAAGAAUACAAGUCUGUUGAUUUGAAACUCAUUUAUAAUAGACUCUAUUACAGAGUUGCUCGAUGCCCUGAAUAAACAGAUGACUGAAAAAUGAAA